AUGAAACUCCAGUUCAAUUUUCCACAGCCAAUUGAACAUCGCUUCAAAACUCUGAAUAAUCAGAAUCCUGAAAUUGAGAUGAACAAAACUUUGGAUAUCGAUGAUAUUUUAGAAGAGGAGCUGAAAGUUCAAAUUAUUCUCCCGGAGCCCGAAGAACGAGACCAAGAUGAGAAAAAUCAACCCGCCGACAAAAUUGUUGUUGACAAUCCUGCUACGAUUAUUGAUGUCGAGAACCAAGGUUAGUUGAUUUUUUCUUUUUUUAAACAAUUAAAAGACAUUUUCAGAUACUCCAAUCCAACAGGAAUCAGAAAACACAAGAUCUACUUGUAAAGUAAAAUUGAUGAUCGCCUUCUGCUAUUCUGUUUACUGCUUCAUACUUAUGCUGAUGGUUUUGUAUUCCAUGGGAAAUGAUAUUCAAGGAGCUGUCUGA